AUGGAGCUUCGAGCAAAGGAAGAGGGGAAAAUAAAAGUGAACAUGCAGCAAAGCUUGGGUUCUAAUUCAAGGGAAGGGUCAUUACCUACUCAUGAAGGUGUCAACGGCUCGCAAGGAGAAUCCAAAUUGGAAUUGUUUGGUUUUGACUCUCUCGUUAAUAUUUUAGGUCUUAAGCGUAUGACAGGGGAGCAGAUUCAAGCACCUUCUAGUCCUAGAGAUGGUGAAGAUGUUUCUGUCACUCUUGAGCGUCCAAAGACUACUGGUGUCCAACUGGGGACAAUGAUGGGAGUGUUUGUGCCAUGCUUGCAAAACAUUUUGGGAAUUAUAUACUAUAUCCGAUUUACUUGGAUUGUUGGUAUGGCUGGCAUAGGUGAGUCACUGGUGCUAGUGGCCUUCUGUGGCUCAUGUACUUUUCUGACUUCUAUAUCAUUGAGCGCUAUUGCAACUAAUGGUGCGAUGAAGGUAAAGGGCAUUGAGAGGGAGCAUUGUAAAGGUAAGUGGUUUUCAGAAGAAGCGGAGAGUAGCCCACUUAACCGUGGGCAAAAUGACAUAGUGGCUUUGGCUGCUAGUGAUGCAGUGGUCUUGGGUGGGGGACCUUAUUAUCUCAUUGGUCGUGCACUGGGUCCAGAGGUUGGAGUCAGCAUUGGAUUAUGUUUUUUCUUAGGGAAUGCAGUCGCUGGAGCUCUUUAUGUACUAGGAGCUGUAGAGACCUUUCUAAAUGCUGUGCCAAGCGCUGGGAUUUUUAGAGAGACUGUCACGAAGGUUAAUGGCACGGCAGUUGCAGAGCCCAUUUCAAGUCCAAGUUUGCAUGACCUGCAAAUUUAUGGAAUUGUUGUAACCAUCAUUUUAUGUUUCAUUGUUUUUGGCGGCGUGAAAAUUAUCAAUCGUGUUGCACCUGCCUUUCUUGUACCCGUUCUAUUUUCAUUGUUCUCGAUCUUUAUCGGGAUACUUCUGGCAAGGAAGGAUCAUCCAGCAGAUGGGAUCACUGGCGUUAGUUUGAAAUCCUUUAAAGAAAAUUGGAGUUCUGAUUAUCAAACAACUAACAAUGCUGGGAUACCUGAUCCAGAGGGAAAAAUAUACUGGAAUUUCAAGUAA